UUGGAAUCCACAUCCACAGCACAGCAGCCCCAAUUUGUUUGGCGCCCUCUGCUCCACGCCACGAAUUAUACAUCGAAGUAUCGAACACAUACGCAAUGACGCACUCUCUCGCGUCUUCCCCAUGAAAAUUUCAGUCUCUCUCUUCCAUAUAUUAAAUAAAUCUCCAGACAUUCUGCAGGACAGACCGACAAAGACCAGGAGGAGGAGGAAAUGGUGGGUUCAAGGCACGGCCUGCCCUCGUGGAUGACCACGGCGGCCGCCAGCAGAGUUGAUUUCGAAGGAAACGUAGAUACCAUGUUCAGAGAAGCCAAAGAGCAGCAGAAAUUGUUCCAUUCCAUGCGUGUUUCCGACGCCAAUUUGGGUUUUGGCGAGCGGUCUUUAUCCGCCGCCGGCGCCGCCUUCGUCUCUGCGAUUCUCGUUAACCCUCUUGACGUUGCCAAGACAAGGUUGCAAGCACAGGCUGCUGGAGUUCCUUAUCAGGGGCUAUGUGAUGUGGCUUGCGCAGAAUCAAACGCGAUGCUUUCAGAUUUGAGAUCUUCCAUGCCACGCACAAGCUCAAUACUUGGAUCCAAGACUGUCUGCCCUCCAGAGUGUAACCAGUAUAAAGGAACACUGGAUGUGCUGUACAAAGUCAUACGCCAGGGGUUUCACAGGAAUAAAUUGGUGCAGGAAGGAUUUUGGAGACUCUGGAGAGGCACUACUGCAAGCUUAACAUUGGCCAUGCCAACUGUGGGGAUCUACAUGCCUUGUUAUGACAUUUUCCGCAAUUGGAUGGAAGAUUUCACGACUCAGAAUGCUCCAAGUAUAACACCAUAUGUGCCAUUAGUUGCAGGGUCAAUAGCACGAUCCUUAGCUUGCGUUUCUUGUUACCCUGUUGAGCUGGCAAGGACGCGCAUGCAGGCAUUCCGGGAAACUCAAGCCGGUGUGAAGCCUCCAGGAGUUUGGGGGACGCUGAAUAGGGUCAUUGACCCUGUCAAGAACAAAACCCCCCUUCAAAACUUUCAAAACUAUCGCCUCUUGUGGACUGGCCUUGGGGCUCAACUUACCCGCGAUGUUCCUUUUUCUGCAAUCUGUUGGUCAACCCUUGAGCCAAUCAGGCGAAGAAUUCUUGGUCUGGUAGGUGAUGAACCCAGCGCAGCCAGUGUCCUCGGGGCAAAUUUCUCUGCAGGAUUUGUUGCAGGAAGCCUUGCAGCUGCUGCUACAUGUCCACUUGAUGUGGCAAAAACUCGACGACAAAUAGAGAAGGAUCCUGCAAGAGCAUUGAUGAUGACAACAAGAAAAACGUUGCUUGAAAUUUGGAGGGACGGAAGGAUGAAGGGGUUGUUCAUGGGAGUUGUUCCCCGUGUUGGUCGUGCCGGCCCUUCUGUUGGCAUAGUCAUCUCCUCGUAUGAAGUCGUCAAGUAUUUUUUAUAUUACAGACAUCUGACACCUCAAUGAUCAAACUGACACAUUCAUGGAUUGUACUUGCGCGUUCGUUGGUUUCGGGAUUCUGGUAUACUUGUACAAAGCUUACCGGGCGUUUAAUCAUACACGGAGCUGCCUUGAAGGAGCGAAAUCACUCGGUUAUGUGCUUUCAUCUGUGCGAAUCACAAUGUUCUUGUCAUGGUGGUGGGAAAGGUCAAAAGCGACAGAAGAUAGCAGCAAUUUUUGGAGAAUAGGAGAUCCUCUCUUCAUUGUUCCUUUUGAAAUAUCAUUUUUUUUUUUUUACAGGAAAUUUGAACUCUGUAUUUGAUUGUAGCAUAACUGUGCUCAUUUUUUCUUAGUUGAAACAAAAAUUAGCAAAUACCUGCCGAUGUUCUUUUCGUACUUUUAAGUUUGGGUUGAAAGUACGAAAUCUAUAUUUUUUAUUUAUUUAUUCAACCUUGAUGGCAAUGGAGGCAGACAAACA